AUGUCUCCUCAUCGGUCAGAUUCCAUGGAAGCACAAGACAGCAUCAGGAAGCGGGUAUGCAAAGCCUGUGACCGCUGCCGAUUGAAGAAGUCAAAAUGCGAUGGAGCCAGUCCAUGUAGUCGAUGCAAAGCCGACAAUGCCAUCUGUGUAUUUGGCGAGAGGAAGAAGUCACAAGACAAAGUAUACCCCAAAGGAUAUGUUGAGAUGCUUGAGCAGCAACAAAGCCAACUGGUAGCCGGUCUUCGGGAACUCUACACUCGGUUGCAACGAGGCGAAAGCUGGCCCGGGCAGCCAUUGCAAGAGACUGCGAGUGGCUAUCCUCUGACACACGACAUCCUGGAACGCCUUGAUCUCCUCAACUCUCCAAGCGAGAAUGGUACCCAUUAUGAGGGAUUUGAAGAAGAUUGCAGCCGUAUGCAGCAGAGGUUGCUCGAGGGAGGUGCUCCAUACACGCGACGACGCAUCUCUGUCAGUUCAGAAUCCGACCAUGGCCAUGCUUCGUCAAGCUCGUCGUACAACGGAACCCCAACUACCAGAUCGGUUGCCUUGGAGAGCCCAUUUGCGCGUAACACUGCACCACCAACACCACCGAUGAACAGCCCGUUCCCACGCCAAUCACAAAUCGUCCAACCAAUCAAGCAGGAGCCGCAAAUGGCUUCACCGGUAUUUAUGAGCUCCGGCGCUAUGGAUCCUUCAACUUUAUCAAGGGCGCCAUGGAUGAACGAUUCGACAAUCAUGAUGGACGAUUCGAUCGACUUCAAGCCAAUGUACGAAUUCGAUAGCUACGGCAACUACGACCAGAGCAUGAUGGUAGACACAAUUGCGAUGAACCCGAGCGACCCUAUGAUGCCAGACUGGAAUACUCACAGCGACAUGGACUUUACCACCUUCAUCCAAAACCCAGCACGUGCUUAA